AGCCAAGCGUGAUGACGUGAUGGCUGAAAAAAGCACGCGGGAGGAGACGGAGACUGGCGCUCGACUGUCAUUCGCGGACAAGAAAAACUGACUGGACGUUAUUACCUUUAUUUCAAUACAUAUCCGUGUAGUGUAGAGCUGUUUUGCCGUAUUUCAAGAGAGUUUAAACCAGGGACAUACUUAAUUUACCCGGACUCAAGGUUAACGAUACUCGUGCGACUUGGAAAGAGUUUUAUUCCCACGACAACUACCGACGCGUUUGCGCUCUCUAAAAUAUACGAGGCAACUUAGCUGUCCGUUCCUUUUUAACUUUGUUUCUAUAUCGACCAGUUUCUAUUCAUUCGCUGGUCGCUUUCUAAAGGGAUUUAAACGCUAGCUAGUCCAGUCAAACAUGGGUUUGCACCCGUUGGAGUUCAGUGAGUCUUACCUGGACAGUCCUGCCUUCAGGGAGAAAAUCAAAGCUCAUGAAGCAGAGCUGGACAAAACCGGCAGGUUUAUCAAAGAGCUGUAUAAAGAUGGGAAGAAUCUCAUCAAUGCCACAAAACAGCUUUCAAUGGCCCAGAAGAAGUUUGCUCAGUGCCUGGGUGAAUUCAAAUUCGAGUACAUCGGCGAUGCUAAAACUGACGAUGAGAAGUGCAUUGAUGAAUCAUUGCAAGAAUUCUCCUCCUUUCUCAGAAACUUGGAAGACCAAAGAGAUCUUAUGAUGAGAAACAUCACAGAGACACUGAUGAAGCCUUUAGAAAAAUUUCGGAAAGAGCAGCUCGGCUCAGCAAAGGAAGAGAGAAAGAGGUACGAGAAGGAAACAGAGAAGUACUACAGUUCACUAGAGAAACUUUUGAACAUGUCAGCCAAGAAGAAAGAGCCACAAUUACAGGAGGCGGACAUGUCGGUGGAAGUAACGAGACAGCACUUUCAGGAGUCAUCUCUGGAGUACGUUUGCAAGCUGCAGGAGAUACAGGAGAGGAAAAAGUUUGAGUGUGUCGAGCCUAUGCUGGCGUUCUUUCAGACUGUAUUUACUUUCUAUCAUCAGGGAUAUGAGUUGGCCAUAGACUUUGACCAUUAUAAAAAGGCCCUUCAGAUCAAUAUUCAGAAUACACGGAAUCGUUUUGAGGGCGCGCGCUCUGAGGUGUAUGAGUUAAUGAAGAGAAUCAAAGAGUCGCCACAGGAAUACAGACAGACCAGCCCCAUCAGCAGUGAGGGCUAUCUUUACGUACAGGAGAAACGACCUCCUCCUUUCGGAUCCAGCUGGGUGAAACGCUAUUGCACGUUUGUCAAAGAACAGAAAAUUCUACACAUGAAGACAUUUGACCAGAGAUCAGGCGGGAAGCUUGGUGAGACCGAAUCUGUUACAAUCAAGUCUUGUGCCCGCAAAACCACAGACACUCUUGACAGGAGGUUCUGCCUAGACAUAGAGAUCACAGAUCGACCAUUCACAGUGCUGACGGUCCAGGCACUCUCAGAAGAUGACCACAGAUUCUGGAUGCACGCGAUGGGAGGAAAGGAGUCGAUGCAGUUUCUCAACCGGACACAUUCAAGAGAAAGAGGAAUUGAUGCCCAGUUGGAUGAUGUGGGGAUAAGCUUUGUGAAAAAUUCAAUAAAUGCCAUUGAAACAAGAGGUAUUAAUGAUCAGGGUCUGUACAGAGUGGUCGGGGUCAGUUCAAAAGUACAGAAGCUCCUCAGUUUGAUGAUUGAUGAGAAGAGCAAUGAAAUAGAUCUAGCAGCCAGUGAGGACUGGGAUGUCAAAACCAUCACCAGUGCUUUAAAACUUUACCUGAGGAGCCUUCCAGAGCCACUAAUGACAUACAAGCUUUAUAAGGAGUUCAUCGUCCCUGCAAAGAGUGCAACUCCAGAAUCUAGAGUUCAGGCCAUUCACUGUCUGGUUCAUAAACUGCCAGAGAGGAACAGAUUAGUGCUCAGUCUGAUUACCAAUCAUCUUGCCAAUGUUGCUGCCAACAGCAAACAGAACCUGAUGACAGUGGCGAACCUUGGUGUAGUGUUUGGCCCCACACUCAUGAGGCCGCAGGAAGAUACAGUGGCAGCCAUUAUGGACCUCAAGUUCCAGAACAUUGUGGUGGAGAUUCUCAUAGAACAGCAUGAAAAGAUAUUCGGGCAUGCUCCAAGCAGCUCUCCAUCUUUAGAAACUACACACCUCUGUGCUCCAACCAGACAGUCCAAGAGGCUCAGCCGGCAGAACCGCCCGCUGGCUGUAUACAACCCACAGGUGCUGGAUAUUCAAACAGUCUCUCCAUCCUCUGAAAGUCCAGCCCUGGUUAAUGAUGAGACAUCAGUGGGCAGUAGUGAGUCGGUCUCCUCCCAGUCAUCGAACGCCUCUGGAACGCCCCCUGAGAAAUCUAAAAAUCAUCACGCCAGCAUUAGCACAUCCCUGCCAGAGAGCCCUGGAAUAUGUACUGCCACAGCUUCAUGGAUGAAUUCUGCCUCAAUUUCACCGGCGAAACCUGGAUCUGCAGGAACUGAGAAGAAUAAACCUGAGGAAAGUGUCACCCUCAUGAAAGCAAAGGCUGUGUACCCCUGUGAGGCUGAACACGAUUCCGAACUCUCUUUCCAGGUUGGCGCAAUCUUCCAUGACGUGACACUCUCCAGGGAGCCCGGAUGGCUGGAGGGUGUGCUGGAGGGAAAGCGAGGACUCAUCCCUGAAAACUAUGUGGAGAUACUGUAACUCUGAAAAGAACUAUCCUCACACUUCUUUUUAUAUUCAUGGUAUCCAUGGUAUCAGCGGCUCUUUCACAGUGGCACUGCCUGUCGUUCCUCCUUCUUCACCACACUAAAGACAUUGAGAGAGAAUAUAUAUGCUGUAUCCAAAAACACAGUUGUUACUAGCACAAGAAUUAAGUUCAAGUAUAAGCUAAAAUAUGCUGUAUACAUACAAGAGACUGCACUUUUUAGAGUUUGGAAAUGUAAAUAUGUGUAGGAAAAUAUGCAUACGUCAUUUUUU